AUGAAGGGAGAGAGAGGAAGGAAGAGACCUUACGAAGGGGCUAAUUCCUCCAUUGAUCACGGUGAGGCGCCGGCAGUAGGACGAGAAGGCGCUACAAGGGGUUCCGUCGAGUCUGACCAUUCCGAAGCGGCGCCUGAAGAUCAUCCUAGAAAGAAGAAGAAGAGGAAGUCCAUCGAGGCAGAGCCGCGUCCUUCUGAUGUGGAGACGGGCCUCGUCGAAGUUGUCGCGGGAGGCGACGUUUCUAUUGAAACCCCUCCUGAGGAGAGAGAGGUUUCAGCGCGGGGCAGUGAUCCUGUUACGGGUGAGAGAUCUAUUCCUGAUCCGUCUGCGAGGAAAGGGUCUCGUUCAGAAGGUUCUACUGUGAGGAGGAAGAAGAUCGAGGCGGAGCAUAAGAAGGCCAACGAGAAGGCCGCAGAGGAGAAAGAGAUUCUUCGAGUGAAGUUCGAAGAGCUGGAGGGCAAGCUUAAAUCUUCCAGCGCGGCGAGGAAAGAGCUCGUACGAGAGAAAAGUCAUUUGGAGCAAACGACUGCGAACCUGGAGAAGGAGAAGACCGAGCUAGUCGAAGAGAGAGAUGCCGCGGUAGACAAACUAAGCAGAGAGAGGCAACGCUUGAGGGACUCCCGGGGUUUGGAGGUUACUCGUAAGAGGGAAAGAGUCGAGGCUGCUAUGGCUGAGAAGGCAAGUCGCUGUUUUGAUCGCGUGCGCGACCAUUUUACUCGUCUGGAGGCUUUUGAGAAGGCGAAGAACCUGUACGGUCAAGCUUCGGGAACGAAGAAGUGCCUUGAGGUUAUAAAGGCGAGUGGGACGGAGAUCCCCCAAGAAAUGAUCGAUGUCUUCGCUGAGCAGGAGAAACUUUACGAGGCGGAGGUUAUGAAGCUCCGAGUAGAGCCGCUGUCCGAUAGACGAGAGGAUGGGGAGGAGGAUAACGAUGGAAUCGAGGAGGCGUUGCUGCCACGUCCCACUGAGGAGGAGACGAUCUACGAAGCUGGGGAUACAGAUGUUCCUCCACUUCCUGUUGUAGACUCUCUUGCCCCUAUUUCUACUCGGGCGGAGGACCCGACUGCUGCCGCUACCAAGGGUCCUGACGAUCAAGAUUUUGUGCCUUGGUGUUUCACCUAUGUUCUUUUCUCCUCUUCUUUUUUGUUUGUGGUCUUGAUAGACCCUGUUGUUGUACGAUUAGACAUGCUUUUAUUUUAUUGGCAAGUCGCUGUUUUAAGCGGACUUUAA